UUUGUUAUUAAAUGUCAAAUAAAGUGCUAAACAUUGGACUCAAAAAGUAAAUUAAAUUAAAAUUUUUUUGUCGAUAUUAGUCAUCAAAUUGUCUGAAGAAGUGAUGGAUUUUUCCAAUUUAAGUCACAACUGUUCCCACAACAUGAAUGCAGACAAAUGUGAUUUUUGUCAAACCAAUCAAACUCUUCGGCAAUUAAUAAUAGAUCCGAAAUCAUUGUCGACGUCUUCAUACGAGAAGAUUGCAUCGCUUUAUACAAUAAGUGACAAAUCUUUCGAAGAAAUGGCCCUAAAGUUUAUUCAGAGCAACGAAGACGAAGCACUCAAACAAUUUCUUGUCUGUGAAUUGGACUCAUUAUCACCGAAAGAGACCACUCAGAUGACUGUACUGUUGCUGUGGCUCAUCGACAUACAGCUCAGCCAAAUGGCUGCACUCAAGAACUCUGGUAAAGAAAAUACCGAAGAGUAUGAGCUCAUUGAAGCCGAGUUCAGGAGUUUGCUCUCACAGACCAAAGUCCAGACCUGUUUAAACAAAAAUCGUAAAGCGAUUUAUGAUUUAAUAGAAAGCCACGCAAUGGACGAAAAUCUCAUCUAUUUUUCGGUUUUAAUGAAAGAUUACGAAAGAGUUAUUGAACACCAUUUGCGACAUAAAGACUAUAAACAGGCCCUCAAUGUUCUCAGACAACAGGGAGUUCCCGACUUGUUUUACAAGUUUGCGCCCAUUAUUAUUCAAGAGAUGCCAUCAGAUUUGAUAUCUGUUUUGAUACAAUUUGCGCCACAAUUGGAAUCAACUAAACUAAUACCAGCUUUAGUUCAACAAAAUAUAAGUAAAGACAGUAAACAACAUGUGAUUCAGUAUUUGGAAACCAUCCGAUAUCUUGAACACUGUGCUUAUAAAUUAGGAGAUUCUGAUUCAGUAAUACAUAAUUAUCUACUGGCGCUCUACGCUCAGACAUCACCAGAAAAGUUGAUGACAUAUUUGUCAAUGAAAGGACAGGACGAAUCAUCCGUUCCCUAUGAUAUCCGAUACGCUAUAAGAGUAUGCAUUGAAUUGGGUUUAGAUAGAGCUUGUAUUCAUCUGUACUCAACAAUGGGUAUGUUAGAGGAAGCGGUCGAUUUGGGGCUAAAGAUUGAUAUAGAAUUAGCCAAACAAACUGCUGAUCAGCCGGAUAUUCCGGAUCAGAUGAGGAAAAAAUUAUGGCUCAAAAUUGCUAAACACGUUAUCAGUGGAGAACAAAAAGACAUUAAGACAGCCACUCAAGUGCUUAAAGAGUGUGAACUCCUGAAAAUUGAAGAUAUUUUGCAGUUCUUCUCCGAUUUUGAUACCAUUGAUCACUUUAAAGAAGCGAUCUGUUCAUCACUUCAGGAGUAUAAUCGAAAUAUUGAUUCUCUUAAAGAAGAUAUGAAGUCCGCCACAGAAUCGGCGCAACAAAUACGAAAUGACAUAAAAAUGUUGCGCCAAAAGUUUACAGUCAUCCGCACUGAAGACAAGUGUUGUGUCUGUUCCUAUGCCAUACUCACCCGUUCCUUCUAUACGUUUCCUUGCAAUCAUUUCUUUCACUCGGAUUGUCUCAUAUCAGAGUUGAUGCCAUUUAUGAAACCCAUUCAACGAAGUCGUGUCGAUGAGAUUCAAAGAGGACUGGGAUCGAGUGGCAAUCAUUCUGCGGUACCAUUAAAACUUAAUGACUUUCUUGGAGAUCAAUCAAAUAACAUCAAUGUCACCAAUGAAAGGGAAAGACUUCUUAAUGAAUUGGAUGACAUUGUGGCCAAUGAAUGUCUUUAUUGCGGAGAUAUUAUUAUCAGUAGUAUUGAUCAGCCGUUUAUAUUACCAGAAGAGAUGAAUCACGCACUUGAAGAUUGGGAUUAA